AUGGGAUCUCAAGGGGGUGUUGGUACUAACAGCAUUGGUGGAAGCCAAAUCCAAGAUCCAAAAUCUGGCUCACUUGUAAGGCAAGGAUCUUUGUACAGCCUCACUCUUGAUGAGGUUCAAAAUCAUUUAGGGGAUUUGGGUAAACCAUUGAGCAGCAUGAAUCUUGAUGAGCUUUUGAAGACUGUUUUUAAUGUUGAGGCUCAUCAAGGAACUGGUGGUGGUGAUUUUGGAGCAAAUCAGCAUGGGCAGCUUCCCUCUGCUUUAGAUAGACAAUCAAGUCUUACGCUGUCAAGGGAUCUGAGUAAGAAGACUGUUGAUGAGGUCUGGCAAGAUAUUCAACAAGGACAAAAAAGAGCAAAUCAUGAGAGGAAAGUACAGGAGAGACAAGUGACUCUUGGUGAAAUAACGCUAGAAGACUUCUUGGUCAAGGCAGGAGUGGUUGCUGAACCUGCGCCAAAGAAGAAUUCUGGUUCAAGUGUAGUCGUGGAUGCAGUGGCACUUCCACAGCAGAGUGUUCCACCUCAGGCCCAGUGGAUGAACUAUCAGAUUACCCCAAUUCAUCAGUCACCACAACAAUUGCAGCUUCAACAGCAGCAGCAACAAAGCGUCGUGCCUGUUUUUGUGCCUGGUCGUCCAGUUCAACAACCAAUUAGCUUGGGUUCAAAUACAAUGAUGGAUGCUAGUUUUCCUGAAACUCAAAUAACCAUGUCCCCGUCCACUUUGAUGGGAACGUUAUCGGAUACACAAACACCAGGAAGAAAGAGGGUUGGUUCUGGUGAUGUGAUGGAAAAGACGGUUGAAAGGAGACAGAAGAGGAUGAUAAAAAACCGGGAAUCUGCAGCUCGUUCACGAGCAAGGAAACAGGCUUACACACAUGAGCUGGAGAACAAGGUCACUCGACUAGAAGAAGAGAAUGAACGGCUCAAGAGACAGAGGGAGAUGGAGAAAGCACUACCAACUGCACCACCUCCGGAACCCAAGUAUCAGCUGCGCAGAACAAGUUCUGGCCCUAUUUGA